UGACACUUUUUAUUGAUUAUAUUUUGAAGCCUGAAGCAAUAAAAAGUGAACAGAUUUGCUCUCACAUGCAUUUAGCUACAUUAACAGAAUACAUGUUUCUUGAACCAGGAAGUGGUUUGAAGUAAAAACUCAGGUCUCGUGAGUUAAAAUUACAGCCGUGAUCAGAUAUAGAUAUCGCUUUGGACUUCCAGGACUUCUUAAACACUGGCGUUUCUGUUAACACCAAUAAAAUAGCACAAUAAACGUGGUCAUGUGAGACUCUCACUUAAAGAUCGACCUGCCCGCGUUUAUGAGUUGAUGACAAACCCUUCGUUCUCACCCCCGCAUGUUCCUCAUCUGUCUCAGACCGGGAAAGUUCAGCUCCGACCGAAGAGACGCAGCGCUUCGUUUCCGAUCGUAAACAAAAGCCUUCCAUCGUGCCACCGUCGUUAUCGGGAGAUCCACUGAAGGACAUUUCCACUGGAGAUCCACUGACCUGCUCUUCAGUAAGAUGGAUUCCUCGUUACCGCUGAUCUUUCGUGUUUUCCAGAUCAUCAUCCCUACGUUCGCUGUGCUGAUUCUCUGCACGGGUAUUUGUAGAUGUUUUGUGCAGAGUCAACGGCGGAGGCAGGAACGAAGACAGCUGGCAGUAGCAUCGGCUCGUGCUCAGGAACCUCCGCCGUCCGUCUACGUCAUCCCCUGUUCACCGCCUGAAGAAGAACGAAGUGGACCACAGCACUACAGACUGGCACAGCAAUACGCUCCUCCUCCUUACAGCGAGUUGGUGGUGAAACCCGACUUCCCUCACGAUCCUCCUCCGUCGUAUACAGAAUCCGUCAGUCCUGCGUUCAUCUCUUAUAACCCCGACCGGAUCGAUCCGUCCGCUCCGGCGCUGCCGCCGUAAGAGAAGAGAGCCAAGUGACGGACUCUGCAAUAGAAAGCUGCAACGCAACCUUCCAACACAACCAUGAACAAAUCAGGCAGAAUAAAAGCCAUAGCUGUUAUUUUUUUUAACCUGAAAUCCUGUAUAUAUUUAUAAUACAUGUAAAUAUAUGUUUUCAGUUUUGUAAAGAGCAGAAAACAUGUAAAUAAUUGCCUAUGAUGCGCAUUCUGUAGGUUUCAUCAUUUAAGUUAUUCGAGAGUUAAAGCACUUAGAAAUGAACGAGCACGAUUCUUAAGUAUUAAAUAAAUGAAUAUUAGAUGUUAAAAACUGAAGGAAAGAAAUUCAAGAAAAAUCGUUUAUUUGUAUUUACACCGUGAGAAUUAGAAAAGCCUCAACCGAAAUCUUCGUAGCGGAUUUUUGAUCACCUUUCACCCUGAAGUCGAGGUAGAACGUCACCUGCAGCACUUUUUGCUACAAUUCAAUACCACCUUCAAAUUGUAGGAGGCGGGUUUAGGGGGCGGGGCCAGAAUGUGUGAAUCCGCUUGUACAAGUUUUUGUACUUAUGUCUUUUACCCCAACCGAACAGCUUGGUGCAGAUGUUUUGGGGAGAUAGUUAUAGAGGGUAAAGUUCAGAGCUCCUGAGGUGACACACAGGUUAUUUUUAAUAAGACAUCGACUGAAGGAAUAUAUUGAGGACAAAGACUCAGAAUCGAUAUGUCAUGACCUCAAAAUAUUGUCUCAUAUUCUCACUACAUUAUCUCAUGGAGUCAAGAUUAUCUCACAAUAUCCUAGUAUUAGUAGAUAUAUUGUCUCAUUGCAGCAUCUCAUGGUCUCGAUUUAUCGUACGGUCUCUAUUUAUUAUCUCACAGUCUCAACGCUAUCUCAUGGUCUCCAUUUAUUAUCUUGUGGCAUUGAUAUAUUGUCUCAUGUCCUUACUAUGUCAUCUUGCGGACUCGCUAUGCUAUCACAAUGCUACGCAUUGUCUUGUGGGAUCAGUUUAUUUUCUAACGGUCUCAAUGUUAUGCUCUCAGUUUAUUAUCUCGUGACCUCACUAUGCUAUCUCAUGUUCUCACUACAUUCUCUCCUGGUGCCAAUACAUUAUCUUGUGGUCUCUAUGUUAUUUCAUGGCUUCAAUUUAUUUCAUGGCCUCACAACAUGAUCUCAUGACGUCCAUAUAUGAUUUUGAUGUCUUUAUAUAUUAUCUCAUUACAAUAAGACUCUUAUCUUGUGGCCUACUUAUGUAUUCUUAUAUCAAUAUCGCCCUUGCUAUAUUAUUCCAUUUGCUCGAUUUAUCAUCUUGUGACCUCAGUCUAUUAUUUUGUAUCUUCAAUAUGUCGCCUAAUGUUUUAUAUUACAUCACAGCAUUAAACGAUGAUAUACAAAUAAAUAAAUAAAUAAAUAAAUAAAUAAAUAAAUAAAUAAAGGCAUUAUAUUUAAACUGAA